AUGGACGGUAUCCCGUUUCACUGGCAGGCGCUGGUUGAGAGUGGAACCGUCAUCUACCAAAUGAUACUUCCUCCUGGCGUGAUCAUCUUCGUGACGGUGCUGCUACGCUACCUGAUUCCACACAUUUUCCCAGAUUGGCAUGGUGGAAGUGCCGAAGGAGAGGAAAGCGUUGAUGACAAUCGAGUCUCCGUCUACGUCGACUUGGCCCCGGACACCUCGGAGACGUCCGACUACGCCGGCAGAUGGAAGGCCGGAUUUUUCAAGAGGGGCUUCAAGAAGGCGCUGCUGAAGAAGGGCGUCGACCCGAAAUUGAUCAACAUCACGCUCGAGCUGCUCGACGAUGGUGAUGUGAUGUCUGUGACGGAGGGAUCUGAUCCAGGCGUCGAGCCUGAAAAACCAAAGAUCACGCGCCUGAAGCUGAUGCUGCCGGAGGACGCCGUCCCGUUGGUGCAAAAGAUGCAAGAGAAGCUGACCGUCGAGUGCGACAAGCUGCGCGCUAGCGCCGUCAAGCUCGACCACAUGCUCACCAUCGAGGGUACCGCCGGAGCCGAAAUCCCGCGCGACCAGCGCACCGCGCGUCUGCUGAAACUCGAGACCCUGUGGCACAAAACCCUGCGCAGCGCCCGCAUCGAACUGCUCGACAAGUCCGUCUUUUGCGCCUCCGAGGAGUUUGAGAAAACGAUGCCCACCGACGCGAUCAUUGGCCGAAUUCUCUACAUGGUGCCCAAAAGCGCUGCCAAGAAAGCGAUGUCGGUGAUCUGGAAGGCGUUGACAUGUCCCACUCCCGAGACCGAAGAGACCGUGGCUGGGUUGACACUUUUGAUGCGAGGAAGGCCCGGAAAGAAGCAGAAGGAGGAGUCGAAGACGGAUGGGGAGAAGCCGAAGCAGCAGCCCGUCGACCAGAAAUUAAGCGGAAAUACG